AUGAUCCACAUCUCGCGAGGAGUGAGAAUACGUUUCUCCUCCAAUACUCUCAUCAUAGCAACAACAAUGGCCGCUUUUCGCAGACUGGCUUCAAUCGUAAACAGGUUAAAUGUCUGGUCCGCUCCGAGAAACGAGCUCCUCGGCGCUCAGACGACUACCGGAGGGAGGACACGGAGAUGCCUCGCUGUUGGGACGUGUCUUGCAACCGGGGGAGCGGUGGCAUUUUAUUUUUACAACGACAUGUACAGUCAAAGAUGCAGGAAGAGGAUGGGAUAUAGCUUCAGUGGCCGCGACCUGCUCCCUUCCCUUUUCGCUGUAGCAGCACAGCAAAAGGUAUAGGCCACUAUUUCACGCUAUGUGCUAUGACAAGAUAGUCUAUGAAAAAUGCCACGCAGCGAGUACUCUUGUCCCCGAAAAGUAUUCGUAUGUUUACAGAAUAUAAACUCGCUGUCAUAGGCAUUCUGUCAUGAAUGUGUUAUAGCCUGAGUGAGUGAGAGUGGUCAGAGAAUCCGAGAAGCGCAGCGCCUAUUUCAAAGUGUUUUAGGAUUAUGUUCUUCCUUUUAAAUUUAAUUUGGAAACCACAGACUCAUGACUAGCCUAGUAGGCUACUAGUUACAUUUUCCCUGAGUGGAUAAAUUGGGUCAUUUCUCGACUGAACAACGGAAACAUUUGGCACAUUAUUUCAAGAGAUGAUAACGAGGCACACUGAAGAAGGAAGGGCGCUCUCCGCUCGAGACAGUGCUGAAAUGACACGCGCGCGCCCCUUUGAGGUAGUUACGGCAAAGGAGGCUUCACUGCCCAACGACUGUUCUUACACUUCCUAACAAAAUAAUACAAUUGGAUUUCUUUCUGAAUUGUAUUAUAAACAAAUGCUCUUUAUUUCUUAUCCCAUGGCCAACUUAAUUGGUAAUGGAAAAUACAUGUAAACAACCAAUAAUUUCAAAUCAUCUCCACUUUUGUCAGGAGAUCAUAUUUUUGUUCUCACGGUCUGGAUGACUCUGUUAGGAUAUUUUUUUACAUUCCCUUAUAUGGGCAGGCAUGCUUGGCUUGUACUCAAAACAACAUUUUAUAUUGCAGUUCGAAGAGCUUUUGAUUGAAUUCUCUUAACUUUUAUUUGAUUACUUAAACAUGCAUCUUAGGCUACAGACAUAUGCCUUUUACUGAUUUCUGUGUAGGCCUGAUUCUGUUUGACAAGGCACUGACGGGUAAAUUGGGGUAAAUUCCCAUUGGAGACAUUGACAUUUACUGCUAGAAAUGCAUGACACAGUGUGAUGGAAUGGUUUGAAUCAUGGACGUGUUUAUUCAUUUAUCAGGAAAAUGCUAGAAUUGAAAGUUUGAAGAUUUUAAAGCAAAUGUAGUAGCGGAUUAAGUUAUUUGUACAUCAAUCAGAGUUAGAAGGCUGGGGGGGGGGGGGGGGUCAAACCAGGAAGUGACUUCUUCUUCUACUCUUCUCUGGGGAAAUUUCCUUCCAUUUCUCUCCAUUCAAUUAAUGCCUUUGUAAAAAAAAAUUGCUUAACACAAUCUCCUCAUGAAAGCUUUAUGAAUGAAUCUGUAUGCAAAUUGGGCUCUAGCGGAAAGCAGAAAACCUCUGUGCGUCGUUUCCUCCCGUCAGGCACGGCAGAGUUGGUCCUAUAUUUAUACCCAUUUCUAAUUACAACCCAAGAAGUCGGUUUGUUUCUUUGCGCAGUGGCACUUAGCUGUAUUUUAAUCAGGCAAGCUGUCUUUCCCUCAAUGCCUUGUGUGAAAGAACCAGAGGUGGAUCUAAUUAUAGACAGAGAGAUCCACAUAAAGAUGCCGCUAAGAAUACAUUCAAAGCAAGGACACGGUAGUGGUUCAGCUGGCAUCUUCAAGAAGGCCGGGUGUGAGCAGUAUUGUCUCUCUAGAAGAGCUACUAUUCUGUUCAACAGCAAGGCUGUUGUUGAGACUUUCUCCCUAGUAGCCCAUUGAUUGUAGGAUGGCUUGGUCUCGCCAAGUAGAUUGUGAUAUUUGAUUUUCUCUAUUACAGCGCUGAUAGAAGGAUGGAGAGAAGGAGAGAGGGUGCAAGAGAGAAAGGAAGAGGGAUAGGGUAGUAGAGAAAGGGGUUUAGCUGGCAUCUUCGAGAGACAGUGAGAGGAGUAGUAUCAAUAUUGUCUUUCUAGAGGAGCUGUGUGCUUCUGGCUACUGGUUAGAGUAUUGAUUGGAGGGCGGUUUGCCAGGUGGAGGGUGAUAUUUGAUUUCUCUGUUACAGCUCUGAUAGAGAAGGAGGGAGAGAGAGACAGGAAGAGAGAGAGAGAGAGAAUCGUUGAGAAAGAAAGGCUUGUUUUUAUUUCUUCACCCUUAGGCCCAGGAGGAAAGAUAUUACAGUACGGUGUCAAAAUGCUCAAGUCCACAAUGCAUUGCAUUGAAAAUGUCCCUAAGCAAAACCAACCAGUUUGUUUGUUUGUUUGUGUGUUGCCAGGCACAGCCAUUUGACUUUGAGGAAGGGGACGUGUACAUGUCGUCCCACGAGCAGCGCUUCCGUCUGUUCAGCUCAGUGGAAUAUGAGGGACAGCUUUACAUGACUCCGCAGAACUUCAUCGAGUCCGUCACCAUGAGCGAGCCCCGAAGUAUGUACGACUAGGACACAGUUACCAUAUUUAUGAUGCAAUCUUGGGAAACCGACCCUCCAUCUUGGCUCCAAAAGUUCCAUGAUUAUUUCUAACCUGGAAUAUAUUUUAGCAACCUUCCAGAUCCAAAAUGGUGCCCAUUACAAAAUAAUAGUUUCACUCACUCUAUGCAGUUCAUAUCUAUCCCCCACUGCCUCAUUAAGUGAAAUUACUUUUUAUCUGUUAUGUUUUGUCAGCUAUAAUGUUCUGCAUGGCUUAAAUAGAGCUGCAUAUAGAGAGCAGGGCCCAUAUCCACAAAGUAUCUCAGAGUAGGAGUGCUGAUCUAGGAUGUGUUCCCCUCUGUCCAUAUGAUCUUAUUCAUUAUGAUCUAAAAGGCUAACUGAUCCCAGAUCAGCAGUCCUAUUUUAAGAUGCUUUGUGGAUAUGGGCCUUAAAUUAUUUAUUUGCCAACAAAUUCAGUACAAAAAUACAAAUGUUCAGUUUUCUAUUAAUAAACCUCCAUUGAAAAUAAUCAUAUAAUCAUCCUGACAAAGAAGCAGAUUGAGAGUUGAAUGAAUUUCCACAAACCCUAGAAAGCUGACAUUUAAAUCCAGAGAGCCCUUUCAGAGAUUUGAAGUUAACAUGUAUACUACUCUGACUCCACACACACACACACACACACACACACACACACACACACACACACACACACACACACACACACACACACACCACACACACACACACACACACACACACACACACACACACACACACCACACACACCACACACACACACACACACACACACACACACACACACACACACCACACACACCACACACACACACACACACACACACACACACACACACACCACUAACUCCCUGUAUAAGCCAGCUACCCCGACUCGGCAGCGCUACAUAGCACUGGUUGCUAUGAGAGAGAGAGAGAAGACACUCACAGCCCAGUGAGGAUCUCAGUGUGUAUGGCCCGUGGUUUCUUUUCUCCUUCUGCCAGUCUAAUGCCUCUGUUUUGGGAGGUUUCUUAACAGAUAGCUCGUAGCCGGUGGACCUCAGAAGAUACGGGCGUGUGUAACAUUGUUUAGUCUGAUGGUUAAUGUUAGUCUGAGGAGAAUUCCCCCUGUCGCACAGCACACAGGCCAGACUCCAGACUGAGAAUGGGAUAGAUGGGGCUUUUAAAGGGUAUGUGUGUGUGUGUGUGUGUGUGUCAUAGGCCAUCUAAUGCAUCCUUUGAGGUUGAAUUAUACCACCCCUUUAUAAAGGCCAAAACAAAUCUGCACUUUUAGAACAUUGCCCCAGACAGACACAGUGCUACAGUACAAAGCUAAGCACAGGGCACUUUAUGGCAUUGUAAUAGGUCUAUGGUGACAGUGUAUGGAUGGAUUAUUAUGACUACGGAGCCCCUCAUACUGAUGUUAUCUGAUCCAGCCCACCCACACACUGUUAUACUCUCUCUCUCUCUCUCUCUCUCUCUCUCUCUCUCUCUCUCUCUCUCUCCUCUCUCUCUCUCUCUCUCACACUUUCUCUCUCUAUCUUCAUCUCUCUCUCUCUCUCUCUCUCUCUUUCUCACUCACUUUCUCUCUCUCUUUCUCUCUCUCCCUCUUUCCUCCAGACAAGAAGCCGUGGAGGUCCCUCACUAAACAGGUCUGAGAACAGUUAGUAUUUUUGUUGAUUAAGAGCUAUGCUAUAAAACUCCUGUUCCUGCCUAUACUGUAUAUGUAAUAAACUGUAUAUUCACAUGGAAUGUUUUAGGCAGGGCUAGUGAUCAUAAACUGUAUAUUCAGAACAUAUUGAUAUGGAAUGUUUUAGGCAGGGCUAGUGAUGAUAAACUGUAUAUUCAGAACAUAUUGAUAUGGAAUGUUUUAGGCAGGGCUAGUGAUGAUAAACUGUAUAUUCAGAACAUAUUGAUAUGGAAUGUUUUAGGCAGGGCUAGUGAUGAUUAGUUGUGCAGUUAGCUGUAAUACCGUACGUACACAGUAUAGUCAUCUUCCCUAUUCGCUGCACUUAUAGACACUUUACAUUUUAGUCACUCAGCAGACACUCUUAUCCAGAGCGACUUACAGGAGCAAUUACGUUUAAGUGCCUUGCUCAAGGGCACAUCGACAAAUGUUUCACCUAGUCGGCUCGGGGAUUCAAACCAGCGACCUUUGGGUUACUGGCCCACCGCUCUUAACCGCUAGGCUACCUGCUGCCCCACUGCCAUAGAAUUGCAGCAGCAAUUGACUUGGAAGCAUACUGUCGUAUACACGCUACUACAGAGGGAGGAUCUUAAUUUGAGCCAGUUUGGUACAGCAGGAAAAUUAUUCUGCAGUAACAGGAAAUGUGAAUUAUUAUGUGGAUUAUAAUUAAUGGAUAUUUUUGUUGGGAUUGAUACAUUUUUCGUAAGGGAAAUUCUAAUCAGAAAUUUCUGUGUGGAAAUUACAAACUUCAGAAGCCUUUUUAAACCUCAAAUACACUACAAGUUUUACAUUUCCUGGAUUUCAGGAAAGUUCUCCUGCGACAGGGUGAUCAAAUUAAGAUCCUACAUCUGUUCCUAACAUGCAGCAACAGCAUAGCAUGUUUAGAUGUUCUAGUCAGACAGUGACUCUUCUAAAGGUUAAAGUCAUGACUCAUGGGCUGCAUCCCAAAUGACACCCUAUUCCCUCUUCCCUAUAUACCCUUUUCCCUAUAUAGUGCACUACUUUUGAUCAGGGCCCAUAGGGCUUUGGUCCAAAGUAGUAAACUAUGUAGGGAAUAUGGUGUCAUUUUGGACUUGGCCAUGGAGUGGCUGUGUGUCUGUGAAGACUCAUAGCGUUGUCUCUGUUGACACCAGGAACUGGAGAAGAUCUUGGUAGAAACUCCAGCGGUGUGGCAGGGAACGUCCAAACUGUUCCGGAACCUACGGGAACGAGGUAGGGACUAAAGGAACGUUCUGUGUACCUCGCAAUGGAUUGUGUGUGUGUGUGACUGACUGACUUCACACACUUCCAUAUGGCAAAGUCACCUUGAGCUAGUACACACACGUACACGCACACACACACACACACACACACACACACACACACACACACACACACACACACACACACACACACACACACGUACACUGAUUAGCAUGUUAUCUGAGAGAGUAAGCGAUUUCAUAUAGUUAAAGUCAUGGAAAGUCAUGUACAGUCCAGUCAUAGCUACAGUCCUGUCAUAGCUACAGUCCUGUCAUAGCUCCAGUCCUGUCAUAGCUACAGUCCUGUCAUAGCUCCAGUCCUGUCAUAGCUACAGUCCUGUCAUAGCUCCAGUCCUGUCAUAUCUACAGUCCUGUCAUAGCUACAGUCCUGUCAUAGCUACAGUCCUGUCGUAGCUCCAGUCCUGUCGUAGCUCCAGUCCUGUCGUAGCUCCAGUCCUGUCAUAGCUACUGUCCAGUCAUAGCUACAGUCCUGUCAUAGCUCCAGUCCAGUCAUAGCUACAGUCCUGUCGUAGCUACAGUCCUGUCAUAGCUACAGUCCAGUCAUAGCUACAGUCCUGUCAUAGCUCCAGUCCUGUCGUAGCUCCAGUCCUGUCGUAGCUCCAGUCCUGUCAUAGCUACAGUCCAGUCAUAGCUACAGACCAGUCAUAGCUCCAGUCCUGUCGUAGCUCCAGUCCUGUCAUAGCUCCAGUCCAGUCAUAGCUACAGUCCUGUCGUAGCUCCAGUCCUGUCAAAGCUACAGUCCAGUCGUAGCUACAGACCAGUCAUAGCUACAGACCAGUGAAAGUGGUGCAGUUUGUCUUGGUUUAUCUAGUCCGGGCUGUAUGACAGUGACAGUGUUGGGCUGUUGGCUAUAUGAAAAGUGUUGAUGUAUGAUACUUUAGCUCCAGGCUGUAUGACAGUGACAGUGCUCCAUGAUGUCAUAAUGCUCCAGGCUGUAUGACAGUGACAGUGCUCCAUGAUGUCAUAAUGCUGCAGGCUGUAUGACAGUGACAGUGCUCCAUGAUGUCAUAAUGCUGCAGGCUGUAUGACAGUGACAGUGCUCCAUGAUGCCAUAAUGCUACAGGCUAAAUGACAGUGACAGUGCUCCAUGAUGUCAUAAUGCUACAGGCUAAAUGACAGUGACAGUGUUGCGGUGUGUCUAGGUGUAAAGGCUCUGGUCACAGUGUGGUUCCUCUAAGCCGAUGCCGGUGCCACACGGUCCCCCCCUGUGGUCACCUUACGGUCGCCCUGGUAAACCCUAAAAAUAGAACCACUCUCUCUGCUCCUCCCAUGCCAUCCUCUCAUCCUAUACUGUCCUCUCUUCUCAUCCUCCUCUCUUCUCCACCUCUCCCCUCAGUUCCCUCUCCUCCUUUCCUUGUCGCUCUUCUGUUGCCCUCUCCCUCUCUUUCUUCAUCCCUCCUCUUCUCUGUUUUCGUACUCCUUUCUCUCCUCUCCUUUGAUUUCCCUCUUUUUAAUUACUUUUAAUUUAAAAAAUGUACUGAUCUAUUUUUUGCUUAACACGUAUUUUUCUUAAAACUGCAUUGUUGGUUAAGGGCUUGUAAGUAAGCAUUUCACUGUAAGGUCUACACCUGUUGUAUUCGGCGCAUGUGGCAAAUAACAUUUGAUCGGAUUUUUGUUCCCCUCCCCUCUCUUCUCUUCUCCUCUGUCUUUCCCUCCCUCCCCUCUCUUCUCCUCAUCUCCUCCUCUCUUUCCUUCUCUUCACCCUCUCCUCCAUUCCUCCAACAACAUGCAGCAGCUCUCUUCCGACAGCAAAGCCUUCUGUCCUCCAUCCAUCGUCUCCAACAUAAACAUUUCAACAAUGAAAAUGAGUCAUAAAUUAAUAAGACAUUUACUGUACCACAGAGAGAGAGAGACACAUACUGUACCACAGAGAGAGAGAGAGACACAUACUGUACCACAGAGAGAGAGAGAGACACACAUACUGUACCACAGAGAGAGAGAGACACAUACUGUACCACAGAGAGAGACACAUACUGUACCACAGAGAGAGAGAGACACAUACUGCACCACAGAGAGAGAGAGACACAUACUGUACCACAGAGAGAGAGAGACACAUACUGUACCACAGAGAGAGAGAGAGAGAGAGAGAUACUGUACCACAGAGAGAGAGAGAGAGAGAGAGAGAGAGAUACUGUACCACAGAGAGAGAGAGACACAUACUGUACCACAGAGAGAGAGAGAGACACACAUACUGUACCACAGAGAGAGAGAGACACAUACUGUACCACAGAGAGAGAGAGAGACACAUACUGUACCACAGAGAGAGAGAGACACAUACUGUACCACAGAGAGAGAGAGAGACACAUACUGUACCACAGAGAGAGAGAGACACAUACUGUACCACAGAGAGAGAGAGACACAUACUGUACCACAGAGAGAGAGAGAGAGACACAUACUGUACCACAGAGAGAGAGAGACACAUACUGUACCACAGAGAGAGAGAGACACAUACUGUACCACAGAGAGAGAGAGACACAUACUGUUCAAGAGAGAGCAAGGGAGAGAAGCUGGGGCCCGGUCGCAAUUAAAGCAUUUGCUUGUGGAGCGCGUAACAGUGGAAUCACACGGCUGUUGAUUCCCCACGGUGAUAAUUAUAACACGCUCAGCAGCCUGCCAUACUGCCUUCCCCAACCAGGAAGCUAAAUAUAAACCUCACUCAAUUAUGGUCCUCUCCUCCCUCCCUCUACCCCUCUCUCUCUCCUCCCGCUACCCCUCUACCCCUCUACCCCUCUCUCUCUCCUCCCUCUCUCUACCCCCCUCUCUCUCCUCUCCUCUCUCAACCCCUUUCUCUCUCCUCCCUCUACCCCUCUCUCUCGCCUCCCUCUACCCCUCUACCCCUCUCACUCUCCUCCCUCUCUCUACCCCUCUCUCUCUCCUCUCUCUACCCCUCUCUCUACCCCUCUCCUCUCUCUACCCUCUCUCUCUCUCCUCUCUCAACCCCUUUUGCAUCUCCUCCCUCCUACCCUCCCUCCCUCUCCUACCCCUCUCCUCCUACCCCUCUCCUCCUCCACCCCUCUCCUCUCUCUCCUCCUCCUCUCUCUCACCUCCUCUAACCCCUCCUCCUCGCUCUACAAAAAAAAAAAAAAAGCUACCCCUCUCUCUCUCCUCUCCUCUUCCUCUCCUCUCGCUACCCCCUCUCUCUCCUUCCUCUCCUCCCUCUACCCCCAUUCUACCCCCUCUCUCUCUCGUCUCCCUCUUCCUACCCCUCUAUCUCCUCCUCGCCCUCCCCCUCUACCCCCACUAAAACCCCUCCUCUCCAUCUCUUCUCCUCUUCCUCCUACCCCUCUCUCCUCUCCUCCUCCUCUCAUCCACCCCCUCUCUCGUAACCCCCUCCUCUCUCUACCCCCUCUCUCUACCCCUCUCCUCUCUCUAACCCCCUCUCUUUCUCCUCUCCUCUCCUCUCUCUACCCCUCUCUCUCUCUUCUCCUCUCCCUACCCCUCUCGCUGCUCUCCUCUCUAUCUAACCCUAACUACCCCUCUCUCUACCCUUCUCUCUCUCCUCUCCUCUCUCUACUCUCUCUCUCUCUCCCCUCCUCCCUCUACCCCUCUACCCCUGUGUUAACACCAGAGAGUUAUAUGCACACAUUCAUACACACAUGCAUACUCUCUCUCUUUCUCCUUCUCUCUCCCCCCUUCUCUGUUUCUCUCUAUUUUUCUAACCCUCUCUAAUCCCUCUCUUCUCUCUACCUCUACACCCCUUUAACCCUGUGAUAAUGCAAGAAAGUUCUCCCUCCCUCUUUAAUUCUCCUCACAAUAUCAUCUCCAUAACUGAUAUGUUGUUUGCAUGCAGAUCAUCCUCAUAUUAUGCUCAUAUGUUUAUACAGUUAUGUGUCAUGUUAUGAAACCUGCUAAGCAUUCCAAAUGAAGGUAAUGAUUAUGCAUUGUGUGUUAUUGUGUUUGUGUGUGUGUGUAUGUGUUUUUCUUCAAUCCUACCCGACUGGUAUGUUUUCUCUGGGAACAGUAUCCAGGGGAAGAAUUUCUCUGGGGAGAGGAGAGGAGAGGAGAGGAGAGGAGAGGAGAGGAGAGGAGAGGAGAGGAGAGGAGAGGAGAGGAGAGGAGAGGAGAGGAGAGGAGAGGAGAGGAGAGGAGAGGUAAUUGAAGUAGAGGUCUAG